AUGGCGCAGGUCCCAGGGGCAGUUGACAACAUGGAGGGCUUGCCUACCUCUAACAACAACAAUCUUUCAACCCGCUGGGAGAGCCCGGAUCGGGGCUGGGAGAGGGAGCAGCCGGCAGCCUCCACUGCAGCAGCCUCACUCUUUGAGUGCUCCCGGAUCAAGGCCUUGGCAGAUGAGCGGGAGGCCGUGCAGAAGAAGACCUUCACCAAGUGGGUGAACUCGCACCUCGCCCGCGUGGGCUGCCACAUCGGAGACCUCUAUGUAGACCUCCGGGACGGAUUCGUGCUCACAAGGCUCCUGGAAGUGCUGUCUGGGGAGCAGCUGCCGAGGCCCACGCGCGGCCGCAUGCGAAUCCACUCGCUGGAGAACGUGGACAAGGCCCUGCAGUUCCUGAAGGAGCAGCGCGUGCACCUGGAGAACGUGGGAUCGCAUGACAUCGUGGAUGGAAACCACCGGCUGACGCUGGGGCUGGUCUGGACCAUUAUCCUGCGCUUCCAGAUUCAAGUCAUCAAAAUUGAGACUGAGGACAACAGAGAAACACGGUCAGCCAAGGAUGCUUUACUCUUAUGGUGUCAGAUGAAGACAGCUGGCUACCCCGAGGUGAACAUCCAGAAUUUCACCACCAGCUGGCGGGACGGCUUGGCUUUCAAUGCCCUCAUUCACCGGCACAGGCCAGAUCUCGUGGACUUCAGCAAACUCACCAAGUCCAAUGCCAACUACAACCUGCAGAGGGCCUUCCGCACGGCGGAGCAGCACCUGGGGCUGGCGCGACUGCUGGACCCUGAAGAUGUGAACAUGGAGGCUCCCGAUGAGAAGUCCAUCAUCACCUACGUGGUCUCUUUCUACCACUACUUCUCCAAGAUGAAGGCUCUGGCGGUGGAGGGGAAGCGGAUCGGGAAGGUCCUGGACCAGGUGAUAGAGGUGGGGAAGAUCAUCGAACGCUACGAGGAGCUGGCGGCUGAGCUGCUGGCCUGGAUCCACCGCACUGUGGGGCUCAUCAGCAACCAGAAAUUCGCCAACUCGCUCAGCGGGGUGCAGCAGCAGCUUCAGGCCUUCACGGCCUACUGCACGCUAGAGAAGCCUGUGAAGUUUCAGGAGAAGGGCAACCUGGAGGUGCUGCUCUUCAGCAUUCAGAGCAAGCUGCGGGCCUGCAACCGGCGCCUCUUCGUGCCUCGGGAGGGCUGCGGCAUUUGGGAUAUCGACAAGGCUUGGGGUGAGCUGGAGAAAGCAGAGCAUGAGCGGGAGGCUGCUCUACGGGCCGAGCUGAUCCGGCAGGAGAAGCUGGAACUACUGGCCCAGAGGUUUGACCACAAGGUGGCUAUGAGAGAGAGCUGGCUGAAUGAGAACCAGCGCCUGGUUUCCCAGGACAACUUUGGGUAUGAGCUGCCAGCAGUGGAGGCAGCCAUGAAGAAACACGAAGCCAUCGAGGCAGACAUUGCAGCCUAUGAGGAGCGGGUGCAGGGUGUAGCGGAGCUGGCCCAGGCCUUGGCGGCCGAAGGCUACUAUGAUGCCCGGCGGGUGGCAGCCCAGCGUGACAGCGUCCUGCGCCAGUGGGCCCUGCUGACCGGGCUUGUAGGUGCCCGGCGGACACGGCUCGAGCAGAACCUGGCCCUGCAGAAAGUCUUCCAGGAGAUGGUGUACAUGGUGGACUGGAUGGAAGAGAUGCAGGCUCAGCUGCUGUCCCGGGAGUGUGGGCAGCACCUGGUGGAGGCGGAUGACCUGCUGCAGAAGCAUGGACUGCUGGAAGGUGACAUCGCAGCCCAGAGCGAGCGGGUGGAGGCGCUCAAUGCCGCUGCCCUGCGCUUCUCCCAGCUCCAGGGCUACCAGCCCUGCGACCCGCAGGUCAUCUGCAACCGCGUGAACCACGUGCACGGCUGUCUGGCGGAGCUGCAGGAGCAGGCGGCGCGGCGGCGCGCGGAGCUGGAGGCCUCGCGGAGCCUGUGGGCGCUGCUGCAGGAGCUGGAGGAGGCCGAGAGCUGGGCGCGCGACAAGGAGCGCCUCUGGCUGCGGGACGCGCUCGCCGUCUAUCGCAUGUUCGGCGAGGUGCACGCGUGCGAGCUGUGGAUCGGCGAGAAGGAGCAAUGGCUGCUCGCCAUGCGCGUGCCCGAUUCCCUGGACGACGUCGAGGUGGUGCAGCACCGAUUCGAGAGCCUGGACCAGGAGAUGAACAGUCUGAUGGGCCGUGUCCUGGAUGUGAACCAGACAGUCCAGGAGCUGGUGGAAGGAGGCCACCCCAGUUCGGAUGAGGUGCGCUCCUGCCAGGACCAUCUCAACAGCAG